UUAACUGCAGAUUUUGUAUAUGAUUGUGUAACCUAAAAAAUUUCCCCCAUCUCCAUUCCCAAGCGGCUUUCUUGAACUUUUUUCGCUGAAUUUUGUUACUGCCCUUCUCCAUCAAUCUACAGCUUAAUAAUUGCUGUUGCUUUGAUGUGUUCCAACCUAACUAACAAAUUACCUAGUGAUUAAGGUUUCUAUUUACAUUGUUUUGAGUUGGUUGUUCCUUUUGUCGGUCGGUGGCAUUCUUGCAAGAUUCUGCAGUUUUGGGAGUGAGAAAGUUCAGAUCUUGUUUGCUUAUCUUGGUCAAGAUCAAAUUUUGGAAUCUGGGCUUUGCUUGAAUUUGUGAUGGGGUGGAGAUAUAGAGGUGGUCUGAUUUUGAUUGCUACCGUUGUCAUUAUUUGGGUUGCUGUGACAUACCUUGGAGCUUCUUUAAUGGUGAUUUAUAUACCUAUAGCAUUCCUCAAAGACUGGUUGUGUAAUAUCCUCAAGAAACGGGCUAGCAGAAAGGGUGACGACGUUUUCCCCGGUCUUGGCUCCGCACAGAAAAUCUUUGAAAUCGAAAUUCAAGGACACAUCAACAGGAAAGACAGUGAGGUAGACCUCUCUGAACAUGAUGAGGGGAAGCCCUUGGUUUCUGUAGAUGAUUCUAAAAGUAGUAUCAAACCCGAGAAAGAGAUCACAGCUAAAGAAAUUGCUACUUAUGGAUUCUACCUCGCCCCUCUUUGGUUCAUCACUGAGUAUUUCUCAAAUGCUGCUCUUGCACGGACGAGUGUUGCAAGUACUACCGUUUUAUCCUCCACCUCAGGGCUGUUUACUCUCUUCUUUGGGGCGUUCUUGGGCCAAGAUACCUUAAAUUUUGCCAAGGUAGUUGCUGUGUUUGUUAGCAUUGGUGGCGUCGUCAUGACAACCCUAGGAAAAACUUGGGCUGCUGAUGAGUCGGAGCUAAAUAUGUCUUCAAGUAGCAAGCGCUCUCUUUCCGGGGAUGUAUUUGGGCUUCUAUCAGCUAUGACUUAUGGUUUAUUCACUGUGCUGCUAAAGAAGUUUUCUGGCGAGGAAGGAGAGAGGGUUGACGUGCAGAAGCUGUUCGGCUAUAUUGGCCUAUUCACACUCGUGGCUCUUUGGUGGCUUGUAUGGCCGUUAACAGCUUUAGGCAUAGAACCCAAAUUUACCAUUCCUCAUUCAGCUAAGAUGGAUGAAAUUGUGAUUGCUAACGGGCUUGUUGGGAGCGUUCUUUCGGACUAUUUUUGGGCAUUGUGUGUCGUCUGGACAACGCCACUCGUGGCCACCCUGGGCAUGUCCCUCACCAUUCCACUCGCCAUGGUGGCCGACAUGAUGAUUCACGGGAGAUCUUAUUCGGCCAUCUACAUUCUUGGCUCAAUCCAGGUGUUUGCAGGAUUCGUGAUAGCCAACCUUUCGGAUAGACUCUCGAAGCUAUUGGGUUUGUAGUGUUUGCACGCAUACGAGAAUCGGAGACGAAACAUGUCAAAUCUUCUAACGAAGGAGCACCAAUAUAGUUUGUAUAUUUGUCACAGCAAUAUCUGGUUGAUCAUGAAAUGUAACAAACUUUUUUAACUUCCAUCUCUUGAUUUAUUUGCCAUUGAUUUGGAGAAUUUUGUGUUCACGUGCAACUCAUAUGUAGCCAUUGUUUUUAGCACUUUUUCUACAAUCAAUUGCAGGUGCAAGUUUAUCA